CGGCGGCGGCGGCCCCCGGAGCCUGGCCCGCCGUCAGGGGAACCAAUGCGGAAUUUCCUGGCUGGCGGCGGGGCCCCUCCUGCCGCCGCCGAGAGGGGCGCGGGGGAGGCGGCGGCGCGGAGCUCGCAGUGAAGCUUCCGCCUGCCCGAGCUGCGGCCAGGGCAGGGCAAGGCAGGGCAGGGCAGGGCAGGGCAGGGCGGCACCGGGCACAAGCGGAGCCGGGACAUCUCGCCCCCCCCUCCCCAGGGCCGAACCGGGCCGGGCUGGGUCGGGUUCCGCAGCACCGACGGCCAUGGAGGCCCGUGGGCUGCGGCCGCUGCGCCGCGCCCGAGCUGGAGCUGGAGCUGCGCUGCUGCUGCUGCUGCUGCUGCUGAGCUGCGGAGCCGCGCAGGAGCUGAGCCCCCGAGGCAGGAACGUCUGCAGGGCCGGCGGCUCCUCGGUGCUCGUGUGCUGUUCGGGAUGGAGGCAACAAGGAAGCGAGUGUUUGAUAGCCGUCUGCGAAGGAAACUUCACCUGCAAGGAGAAUGAGGUGUGCGUGAGACCCGGCGAGUGCCGCUGCCGCCAUGGCUACUUCGGGGCCAACUGUGACACCAAGUGUCCCCGGCAGUUUUGGGGCCCUGACUGCAAGGAGAUGUGCAGCUGCCACCCCAACGGGCAGUGCGAGGACGUGACGGGCCAGUGCACCUGCAACCCCAACCGCUGGGGCCCCAAGUGUGAGAACGUCUGCCUCUGCAAGCACGGCAAGUGCGACCAGAAGACGGGCAAGUGCACCUGCGAGCCGAACUGGUGGGGCCCCCAGUGCUCCAGCUCCUGCUACUGCAGCCACAACUCCCAGUGCGACCAGCAGACCGGGAACUGCCUGUGCCAACCGGGCUGGUGGGGCCGCGGCUGCAACAACCAGUGCUCCUGCAACAACUCGCCCUGCGAGCAGUUCACGGGGCGCUGCCAGUGCCGGGAGCGGACGUUCGGACCCCGCUGCGACCGCUACUGCCAGUGCUACAAGGGGAAAUGCAACCAGGUGGAUGGGACCUGCACGUGCGAGCCGGGGUACCGGGGCAAAUACUGCCGCGAGCCCUGCCCCGCUGGUUUCUACGGCCAAGGCUGCCGGCGGCGCUGUGGGCAGUGCAAGAGCCUGCAGCCCUGCACCGUGGCGGAUGGGCGCUGCCUGACCUGCGAGGCAGGGUGGAACGGCACCAAGUGCGACCAGCCCUGCUCAGCCGGCUUCUACGGGGAGGGCUGCGAGAAGGUCUGUCCCCCCUGCAAGGAUGGCCACACCUGCAACCACAUCAAUGGCAAGUGCUCGCACUGCAACCCCGGCUGGAUCGGUGACCGGUGCGAAACCAAGUGCCGCAAUGGGACGUACGGGGACAACUGCGCCUUCGUCUGCAGCGACUGCGUCAACGGCGAGUGCCACUUCGAGACGGGCAGGUGCCUGUGCCGCGCCGGAUCCCAUGGCACGUACUGUAACCUCACCUGCCCGCUCGGCCACUACGGAGCCAACUGUGCCGAAGCCUGCAGCUGCCACGACGGCACGUGUGACCCUCUGACGGGCGCCUGCCACAUGGAGGCCAACCAGCGGAUGGGGGUGAUCGGGGCAGGGGCCCUCCUGGCGCUGCUGCUCAUCCUCCUGCUCUCGCUGCUCUGCUGCUGCUGCGUCUGCCGCAAGAAGGACGAAGCCCGAGGAGCAAAUCAGGACCCGGCAGCAGCCAAGAAACCGCCGAGACGCUUGUGUGGGCGCUUCAGCCGGAUCAGCAUGAAGCUCCCGCGCAUCCCCCUGCGCCGCCAGAAGUUGCCCAAGGUUGUAGUGGCUCACCACGACCUGGAGAACACCCUGAACUGCAGCUUCAUCGAGCCACCCUCGGUGGUGGAGCAGCCCUCCCCGUCCUGGUCCUCCCGCGGUUCCUUCUCCUCAUUCGACACUACAGACGAGGGGCCGGUGUACUGCGUCCCCCAUGAAGAGAGCGUGGGUGACAGCAGGGACCGGGGGACGUCCUCCAGCCCCGGAGAGAAGCUGGUGGCCCCAGGCGGCGGGGAAGAGGCGGGCGAGUACACCUUCCUGAAGGAGACUGGCUCCGUCAAAGCCUUCCAGGCUGACAGCAGCGAAAUGCCCCUGCUCAAGUCCUCGGACAGCGAGCGCUCAUCCUGCGGGUCGGGCUCAGCCAGUGCCGCCCUCUACGCCAGGGUCGCCCGCCUCUCCAAGCAGUCCAAGGAGGAGGAAGAAAUGGCAGCGGAGCCCAGGGGGGGCCCCGGGAAGCCACCGUCCCCGGAGAGAACCAAGCCCCGUCCCCCCGACCCAUCCACCAAGCCCAAGGUGUCCUGGAUCCACGGCCGGUACAACUCCAACCAGUCCAACUCGCUGCCGGCACCCGGCAGGUCCCCGGAGCAAGCGGCCACGCUGCCCAGCAGCCCCGAGCACAGCCAGGGCUUGGCCAAGAGGAAGAGGAGCCCCAGCGAGACGUCAGCCUGCGCGCACAGCAAAGCGGAGGAGAAGGGCAGCACGCGCAGCAAGGAGAGAACGCAGAAGCACCCCAAGGAGCCCGGGGUCCCCGAAGGCAAAGCCGGCCUCACCGUGGAGCCCCAGUCCCCCUCCAAGCCCAAGCAGAGGAGCAAGGCCAACGCGGAGCAGAUGGAGAACAUCAACGGGGCGGUGCAGAACGCCUUCAAAAAGAUGGGCGGCUUCCACCCAGAGCGGCGCAGCGGGGAGGCUCCCCGCAGCCCCGGUGCCGGCAAGCCGCGCUCUGAGACCCUCCAUCCCCACCUGGCCUCCGAGGCAGCCACGCUGCUGGCUGCCCAGCUGAAGGAAAAGACUCAGAGCCUCAACAAGGGGGAGGGCAGCGCCCGGCCCAACGGGGUGGGUGCCCAGCGGGAGAAGCCCACCCCGCCGCAGAAAGCCAAGCGCUCGGCAGCUGCUGGCAGCCAGAAAGCCAGCAAGCCCCUGCUGCCCACCUCGCCCAACCUGCAGAAACUGAUCCCCACUGCGGCCGAGCCAGCGGCCGGGGAGCCCAGGAGGGCAGAGAAGCAAAACCCCAUUAGCAGCCAGGACCCGGCUCCCCAGAGCGAGCAAGCAGCCAAGAAGACGCCCAUUAAAAAGCCUCCCAGGAAGAAGAGCCGAGAAGCCACCCUGGAGCCGCCCAAAGCAGCCGCGGUGCCCGCUCAGACGGUGCAGUAACGGGGAGCCUGGCACCCCGGCCCCAUGCCAGCCUGCCCCACACCGGGCGUGCUUGGGCAGGAGGAAGGACGUCUGCAGGCACCUGGGGGCCUGGACUGGAGAGGGGGCACCGCAAGAGCCGCCCAGCCUCCUCUUUUCCCCAUCUUAUCCCUCACCCUCCUUUUCCCUUAACCCCAUCUCCUCCCCUGCCCCGGUACCCACCCUGUGCCCUGCUCCCCACUCCCCAAGCAGGGGCAGGAGCUGGGGGCUACCCCCCACCCCCUUUUUGUUAGCAGUAUUAUCGAUCGCAUAAGCAGCGCUUGUUGUACUAGACGUGCCCAUGGUAUAUUCUGCAGUAACGGAGCCACUCGCUUCCCACGGCCCCGCUCGGGGCCGUCGGUCCCUGCCGUGGUGGGGGCGAGGGGAUGAGCAGGGCCGGGGCCGUGCCCCCCAACAUCCUCGCCCCGUGCCCAGGCUGCUCGCACAUCCCCGCGCUGCCGCUUCAGCUUCUCCGCUCCUGGAGGCGCAGCCCCCGGUGCCGCUGCCCCCCUCCCCGGUGCCGCCGUCCCUCCUCCACGCUGCUCCUGGCGCGGGGUCGAGCUGGUUUCGACCGAUGUCCCCCCCCGGGCCGUGGGGCUGCCUCUGCCAGGAGCAGCCAGCAGGUAAGCACUAUUUAUGGCCAGAGCCAGACGCCGCGCUCAGGGAGGCCGUCACGGCUCACGGGGGCCCAGCCAGCAGAGCCGAGCGGAUGAGUUUGGUACGACAGAGCCUGGCAUCUCUGCAGAGCGCUUUUCUAAUAAAGUGUAUUUCUACCACGCCUGGGUGCCGUCUCUCCGUGCCCCAGGCUGCCCACAUGCCGGGCAUUGCCUGGCCUCGCUCGGGUGCUCAGGACCCCGUGGUCCUAAGCAGGGCACGGUGGGGAGAGGGGAGGACCUGGUCCUAGCAGGGGGCUCUCUUUGCAAAAGAGCCCCCAGUGCCUGGUGCCUCUGCAGCUCUUUGCUGCAGCUGCUUUUGCAGGCUCAGCCUUUGUUGUGAGCUUAUGUCCCACAACAGAGACCAGUUUUGGGGUCAGAAUCAUUGGCACCCUGCAGGUGCCAUCCACCUUGUAGUCAGACUUUCUCCGGCGAAGGCAGGGUUGGAUCCUGGGGCUCGGGAGAGCUCUGGCCACUGCACGCUGCCUGUGCUCUGUGUUGCUGUCUGGCUCCUUUGGGGCAGUGUCUCCUCACCAGCCAGCAGCUUCCAGCCUCAGCAGGAGCCUCCCCUGCCCAUCAGGCUGCAGCCUCGCUCUUCUGCCUGGCUCUGCCUGGUGUCACGAGAAAUAAAAGCAGAUCUCUGCCGACCUUGGGGCAACCUCGGGCACAAAGGAUCCACGACCGGGCUGGUGGUCCUCCUCUGGGCCUUUCCAGCUCCUUCAGAUCCCACUUGAACUUGAUCCACAGCUGGACUCCACUGAGGUGCAGCUUUGCAGGGAGGACACAGCAGCUUUUGCCUGUGCCUUUCCCGACCGCUUCGCCACCCUCAGGAGCCAAGAACAAGCUGUUCAGCCCAGCAUCUGCAGCCCCCAGGUUCUUCGUAGGGUCCCUCCAGCUCAGAUGGGUCAGGCUCACCUCAAACCUGCACCCCAGGCCCUGGAGGUCAUCAGCAGUGCGAUGGAUGUGGCACCGCCACACCUCGGCAUCACCAAGGGCUGAUUUUUCUGCAGAAUGUGACUCUGAGUCCCUUUUCCAAGCAUCUGCUGGGGCCUGCAGACUCUCCUCCCACUCCUGCUCCUGGGUUAUCGCUAGCAGACAGCUCCACGUGAUACACAGUGCCGUGUGGAGCUUGUUUUAUGGUUUUCAGACUCUGUUGAUUUGUGGACCCCUAAACAAUUUCCCCUGCAGCUGUGAUCCCCACUAAAAAGUUCAUCCUUAGCAUAAAUAAACUUGUUUAUUUAACCUCA